GAGAGACAGAGACAGACAGAGAUUACCAACAUGAGAGCAGGUAGAGAGUUUAGGGCAAGACUCCUUCCAGCGUCAACAACUGGUGAAACUAGUCUGGGGUACCAAAGGACAAUUUCUUCUUGACACAAACACAGAAGCACCUUCAAAAGCGGCCCAGUGCCACACACUGAGGCAAUAGUUCAGCCCCACAUAUCUUCCAAGAUUCUCUUCAGAAUAUGAAUGUAUUUUGCUUUCCUGUUUUUGUGGAAAAAAACCCCCAAACAAAACAGAGCCAUGGUACAUUUUAAAAAAAAACCCCUAACCAAUAAAGACUGCGCAGUUAGACGGUUGUCAGUGAAAAUGAUCCAGCUUUACAGUGGCAAAAACAUUGUUUCUAAAGAGGAGAAAUUGAAGCAGGACAAGGUCAGCUGUUCAGGGAGUUGGUGGGGAGAUGGAAAGUGGGCAUGAGUGAAAUAACCUACAGUACAAUGGGUUUCAGAGGACUUGAAGGAAUAGAAAUUGAAGUAUUUUGGGGAGACGUAGAUUGAGAAAAGUGUAGGUGGGCAUCUCUCCUCCUGCACAGUGCACUCUCACUUCCCUGGCUCCUCUCUAAAUCGCUGGAGGUACAAAACCCUCCAUCAAAGCACUCAAAGACAUCUCACUUCCCCAGCACACAGUACCUAUCUCUGUACGCCCCUCAGCCCACAGGAAACAGUUGUCUUUCUUUGGAUUUUUAUGUUAAAUAACUUUUAUCCACAUCCAUCCUUCAUGGAAUAAGAAAAAAAUCAGAAUACAACAUCUUUGGAUUAGGAAAGCUCUGAGCCCCAGACAGCUGGAGGCCUGAAGACAAUGCUGGAAAGUUGUCAUGAUACUCUCUCCUGUUUAUUAUAUCCUCCACAAGACCUCAGCUGAUAUGGCUGGUUUUACAUCCUCCGUACCUCACCAGCAGCUCAGUUUCAGGGUACACUUAGCAAAUUUCUGUGGAGAGAAAGAGAAAGGCAAGAGGUUGGGCCAGAGCCCAUCCUGUGAUGGGCAGAGAUGGGGCAGGGUCGCGCUGUGGACCAGAGGUAGGGAUCUGCCAGCAGACACCUGCUCCCUCUCCCCUUCCUCCCCACUCUGAAGGAGCCUUGAAUUCCCUGUUGGUACCAGAGAAUCAGGCAGGUAGAAGUGCUCAGCUGAGGACAUAUAAUCUUUGUCCCCUUACACACUUUUAGAUUGGAUAAUUUGCUGUGCCUUGCAGGCUCCCACUGCGUGUAGCUGUGGUUUGGGGUGACUUUGUGUAAACAGCUAACACUUCAGAGCCUGUGGACUUAACAUCCACUUUAUUAUCCAGGUUAUCUCUGUGUUGCUGACCAUUUUAGCAGAUAGAAUAGAGAAGCAGAGAGUGAGUGAACCACAGAUGGAAUAGAGAAGUGAAGAGGGAAGGAAACAUAAGAGAAGAACUAAGAAAACUCACAAAGAGGAAGAAAAAAGAAAAAAAAAUGAGAAAGGAGGAUAAGAAAAAGAGAAAUAGAGCCAAAACAGUAGCAAGCCUAAACCGUAUUCAAAGGGCACUUCAUAUGUAUACUGAAAUGACUAGAAAUGGUCCAUGAGGCUUAAGUACUGCCAGGGGCAUUACCAGUAAGUCCCUGUUGCAGAUGUUCAGUGGUUAACCCAGUCAUACUGCUCUGUGACCUCCAACUACUGUCUUGUUAGGCAACAGAAAAGUAGUGAGAAUAAUAGCACAGGUUUUGCUAAACUAAGGACAGAGCACACAUAAAAGCAAUGAGAGGAAUAGCAAAACAUUUUGCAAAACUGAGAACAUGGCACUAAUGCUGGAGAGAAGAAAAGUAUCCACAGCUACCUCACUACAGCACCAGUGUUCUCCAAUUAAGCAGACAUACCUGUCUCAUAAAACACAUUGGACAAGAAGCCUUAUCUCGGAAGACAAGCUGAUGGUUAAAUCAUGGACUUCAUUUGACACUAGGUCAACAUGCAUGUGUGAGAGAGAGAGAAAAGAUGUAUUUGUAGAAAUGGUAUUGGAAAAGAUUUUACUAAACUCCACAACAGCUAUUAUUCCCAGCUCAGGCCUGAUCCUGUGAUGUGAGUAGCCAUGGACAGCGGAAUAAACCCAUAUGCUCAGUGAAAGCAGCCGAAGGAAUUUGGGCAACACAGAAAAAGUCAAAUAUGAUGAAGAAUGAAGAAACAAGUUUUAAUGUGGACAGUACCCGAGCCUCCCCCUUCUCCCACUGCCUGCAGCCGCUGAGCCCUGUUACAAAGCCACACAGAACAACUCCAUUUGGUGAAGAAUUCAGACCGCACCUAUCACAUUUCCGCUAUGGCCCUCCUCCUCUUGGAGACAUGGAAACAUUCCAGGGGUCCUUGGAAGGAGGGUCUCGGAAACGCAAGAGCAUGCCAACAAAAAUGCCUCCUUCUAUUGCCCUUGAGGGUUCCUCAUCACCACCGGACAGACCUGAAGAUCACAAUGACAUAGGCUCUUCCAAUCUCCCCUUGGUGUUCCAACAGCCAGCACAGCCCAAGUACAGUUCCCAGAUGAUCGACCUCUGCAACUUUGGUUUUCAGUUUUACAGAACUCUGGAACACUUUGGAGCCAAGCCCAUCAAGCAAGAACCAGUGAAGUCUAACAUGACAUGGCCCAGUAGCCCAGCAUUCAUGCAGGCUCCUUACCCUUAUUAUCCUAAAGUCCACCCUGGCUUAAUGUUUCCUUUUAUUGUGCCACCAAACUUUCAUUUCAGGAACCCCUUUCAAAUGAAAAGACCUCCAGAUCUACCCUUCAGGAGGGCUGAAGUAAGAGAAAGUGGUGAAAAUAAACAGAAAGUGGAAAGAGUAGAUGUCAACCUUCAGAUAGAUGACAGUUACUAUGUUGAUGUGGGGGGUGAACAGAAACGUUGGCAAUGUCCCAUGUGUGAGAAGUCCUAUACAUCCAAGUACAAUUUGGUGACCCAUAUCUUGGGGCACAGUGGCAUUAAGCCACAUGCUUGCACCCGAUGUGGCAAGCUUUUCAAGCAGCUGAGCCACUUGCACACACAUAUGUUGACACACCAGGGCACUCGGCCACAUAAGUGCCAGGUGUGCCACAAGGCUUUCACUCAAACCAGUCACCUUAAGAGACACAUGAUGCAACACAGUGACAUCAAGCCUUACAACUGCAGGAUUUGUGGCAGAGGUUUUGCCUACCCCAGUGAGCUGAAAGCACAUGAGUCCAAGCACGAGAGUGGCCGAGAGAACAUUUGUGUGGAGUGUGGUCUGGACUUCCCAACCCUGGCCCAGCUGAAGAGACACUUAACAACCCACCGUGGCCCUAUACAGUACAAUUGCACUGAAUGUGAUAAGACCUUCCAGUACCCAAGUCAGCUGCAAAACCACAUGAUGAAGCACAAAGACAUCCGCCCGUACAUCUGCACUGAAUGCGGCAUGGAGUUUGUGCAGCCCCACCAUCUCAAACAACACUCCCUCACUCACAAGGGUGUGAAAGAGCACAAAUGUGGAAUUUGUGGCCGGGAAUUUACUCUGCUGGCCAACAUGAAGCGCCAUGUCCUGAUCCACACCAAUAUCAGAGCCUAUCAAUGCCACUUGUGCUUCAAGAGCUUUGUGCAAAAGCAGACUCUGAAGGCCCACAUGAUUGUUCACUCUGAUGUCAAACCCUUUAAAUGCAAGCUAUGUGGAAAGGAAUUUAACAGAAUGCACAAUUUAAUGGGACACAUGCACUUGCACUCGGACAGUAAGCCUUUCAAGUGUCUCUACUGUCCCAGCAAAUUCACCUUGAAGGGGAACCUAACCAGGCACAUGAAAGUCAAACACGGGGUCAUGGAAAGAGGAUUUCAUUCUCAAGGUUUUGGAAGAGGAAGAAUUGCUCUGUCCCAGACAAAUGUCAUGAGAGGCUUGGAACAGGAAGAGCCCUUUGAUCUUUCCCAGAAAAGCCAAGGGAAGGGAAUCUCAUUUCAUUCGGAUGGCGAGAGUGCCAAGGGAAGCUCAUGCCAGGAAGAAGAGGAAGACAACUGCUAUGAGGCAGAGCGGUACAGCCCUGCCAUGUACCACCAUGACAACGACAAGCUGUACGUGGCUCAAGAUCUGUCUGGCAAACCUGAGUGCAUGAUGAAGGACUUCAGAGAGUCCUACUGCAAUGAGAAGGAAGAAGUGCUAAGUGAGGGAGGACUGGAGGAGAGAAUAGGAAAUUCAGACAAGCAGGAGAGCCAAGGAGAGAGAGACCUUGCAAACAACAAAGAACACCUCAGCUUUAGAUCUUUUGAAAAGGCGAGACUUGGUCACUCUCUCUCUGAUUACUUGUAUUUCAAGCAUAGGAACAAGAGUUUGAAAGAAUUGCUGGAAAGAAAAAUGGAAAAACAAGCAAUGCUUAUCGGCAUUUAAAAUGGACGUUUUAAACAGCUUGAAAAUGGGAACCAGAUAGCUUUUAACAUGAACUGUAAUUUACCAAAGCCUGGAAGUUUGUAGUAGUCUUUAGAAAUAAACAAGCCAAAUUAAUAAAAAUAAUUUAAGGUAAAACACAUACAUUAAAAGAAUAAAGCAGUCCAAGGUCACCAAGAAAUGCAAUAGAUAUUGAAUAAUAACAUUUUUAUACUUAUCCAUUUGAUGUAUAAGCAGACAAUGGGGUGGGUAUAGAAGUUUAUUUUCCUUUAUCUGGGGUGGUAGAGACUUAUACACAAUUUUCUAGUUAUCAAAAAGGAACAUACUUUAACAUUUGAUUUGUAAUCUGACUGAGUAUAUAUGAACGCUUAUAACCGUAUGUCUCAAAAAAUCUGAAAAUACUAAGUAUUUCGCAGUAUAAGCAAGAGUACUAUUGAACAUGGUGUGCAUGAAAGUGCUGUCACUCUCAGAACUGACACAGUCCACAUACUUCAGUUACUGAAAUGACUGUUAGUUCAACCACUUACAAUGAGAAAUGGAAAACAAAUUAAGAAGACAUACUAGUGUCUUGAGAGAUAGUGAAGGGCAGCUCUGUAAGGCUUUGAAAGGAAUGGAAUAUAUUAUGGUCACAGAAGCUUUUCCUGUGGCAUAAGGAAUGUUCGUGUUUUGCUAUGUUUCAGUCAGUAUGGGAGUAUUUAGCAAUUCUUCAAGUGAAAUAGCAUGGACUAUGUUGACAUUUUGUUCCACGGUCUGCUCAGACCAAUACAUCUAAUGAACAGCAGCUGAGUGUAGCAUUUGCAAGUCUCACUGUAAUUACAAUGAGUAAUAUGAGUAAUUUCAUUGAGAAAGUGAUGCAAUUUUGCCAUUUAUCUCUUCAGUUUAUCUUGGCUAGCAAGGAUGAUUUUGAAAUACACAGGUCUGAUCAGAUUUUAUUAUUUUUAUUAGAAGGUAUGCCAAAAAAAAGAGCCCUUACAGGGCAAGCAGUACCUCAUAGAGGAAAAAUGGUUUUGGAUUUCCUCUUAUCGGAGUCAGAAAUUUUCCCUUAGCAACACGGCUUGACUAGUAAGUUCCACACCUUUCAGAAGAAUUCCACUCAUGCUGGUUUUGCUGAGUCAUUCCCAGCAUUUUGCCCUCUGAUUCCCAUACAAUUGUAUGUUCAUAGCAAAGAUGUUAAAAGCACAUUCCAUUAAGCACAUUCCUUUAAUUGCAUGAAUAGUUUGACCAACACCUUGAUUCCUGCAUCUUCAAGAUAGAUGACAAACAGCCCCACACCCGCUAUUGCUUAUAAGGAAAUAAAGAUUUUGUAAGUCAGUGAAUUAGUCCUAUGUCAUUCUGACAUCCCAACUCAAAAGGUUAAAAUCCAUAUAUAUGGUACAUCUUUUCCAAAUAUUACUGCCUUCUUCACUUACCUGCCAUGUGCUUGAUUUGAAAUACCUUGCUAUCAUGCUCAAUAUAUAGCAAGUUAUAAUUAAAUAGAGGCAUAUACUUAUGGCUUGCUAAGGCUAGAGUCAUGUAGCUGCAGCUCUCUGCAUUAUAAGAAACCACUCACCUUACAGAACUAAUGAUUCUCACACCUACCAGUUAAUCAGUAUUCACAGGGCAGCAGCCCUUAUUCAUCAUAUAAAACUGGGUUUCUGUUGUCUGAGGUAGCAGAAGGUGGUUUCAUUUUUCAGGGCUCAGAUAUUGCAUAAUAAAGAUUCUGAAUGAAGAGCAGAAAAAGGUGUUCAUAAAAGAAGCUGUAACACAUGGGUGAGUCUUCUAAAUGUAAUUAACUCUACAGCUGAUGUACAUACUUUUUAAAAUAAAAAGGGUAUACCAAAUUGAAGUGGAAUGUAGGUCACUUUAGGCCUAGAAUUAAUGAUGUCUUUAAAAAUGAGGUGUAUUUCAGAGGUACAUAGCCAUGUUUUUUCACAGCCAUCUUUCUUUCAAGAAAGUAAUUUGUGGUCAAGCAGAAUAAUCAGAAAAUUUUCAGUCAUAUGUGUAACUGUGUUCUUUCUUAAACUAGAGGGGAAGUGAUCAGGUAGAAAUUCAGCAUGGCCUAGGAAAUUGUCUCUUAGAAAUGGGAACAUGUCCUUUGGUUACCUUCUUGGCAAUACCUUGUCUCUGCCACACAAAAGCUCCUAUUUGGGAACACAUAUAGCCAAGAGCUGGGAGCCACUGACUCUUAGAAAUGUCUCUCUCAAGGUGGUGUAGUUUCCAGCUGUGUGUGAUUCAAGAUCAGCCCACUCCACCUUUGCAGCCGUAUUAGUUCCUAUGAUAAGAGGAAUAAGCAAGGAACCAGUAACGCGGUUGCAGUUUCUAGAAUCAUCAUGCAGAUGAGUUGAACUUAGCAAGUUCCUUUACUUCUGUGGUGGAUAAAGCCUAGAGGCAUGCAGCCCUUCCAUUGCAAAGCCCUAUUUAUGCAUUGGAGAGUGUUAUGGGACAGCUAGACAAUCCUUAUCAAGAAAGAGACAAAUUAUUAUAUACCAACAGCACUCCAGGCAAAUGGAGCAAAGAAGACAUUUUUAGCAGAGUUCAGCUCCCAGUAGAUAACACUGUAACUACAAAAAUGAUGUCUACUGGAAGUAUGCAGUCCAGAGUUCCCUUACAGACCUUGUAAGGGAAAGUGCCAGACGUGUCCUUAGGAAAGGAAAUCACUGCAAACAGUUCUGAAUGGUUAACCCAAACGCUUUCAACCACACCAUCAGCGCAGCCAAUUUAUCCACUUCUACAGUCCCACUUCUCACUGGAGCAAAAGCAACUGCCAACCACAUACAGCCAGGCAAAAAGGAGCAGAUGUCCCCAUAAUGGCAAUGCUAUUUGGGAAUAAUUUGUAAUGUGAAUCCCUUUUCUUGCAUUCUUCCUAGAAAGCGGAGAAUAUUCCAUUACAAUGAGGCCUUGAGACUGUGCCCAGCCAUGUAGUCACACUAAGCUAAUUCACAAACACCCAAGCCUAAUUCAUGUUAGAAUAGUAAAGAACUCAUCUAAAACCGUAAGUCAGCAGUCAGAGGAGUUGCAAACAAAACUAUUACUGAGAUAAGGAGACAAUGCCAAGUGACCCAAGCUAAGAGGUUAGGAGAUGAUAGUCCUCCCUGCUGCAGAACAUAAUGCAGCUGGGUCUAAGACACUUGUUACAAAGAGGCCCCAAGGGACAAAUUAAAAGUGAAAUAACAGCCUUCAUUGUGAAGCACCUUGCUUUUCAAACAUAAGUUAGUUUCAUGCUAUUUAUAUUGGCACCGUUUUGGGAACAGACAGUAACCGCCUUUGCUUUUUAAUAGCUUUGAAAAUGCUUUAUAGAAAUUUGCUCUCAUAAUAAAGUUAUUUCCCAUUUCUAAUUUUCGAGGGAUUAGCUUCCUUGUUUUGCUUUGAAUAGAGGCUCAGAAGUCCUGUAGAGACAUUGCCUGUGUCCCGGACCUUGGAGGACACAUUUUCUUUUUCUUCCUCCUUCCUAGUCUGAGUCUGUCUACCUUCUUCCUGCUAUGUUGUGGGGAAAAAAAAAUGUGUUUAUCUGACUCUUCUCUCCUAUUUGGGUUUUUAACUUGUGGUAACACAUGAAAUUAAAGCCCAGUCUCCACCACCUCUAUAGUAAAUCACAUCCACACCAUUUCCAUGCAUUAUUAUAUGAAGCCUAACAUCACCCUCUUGGAGAGCAUCAGAGCAAAUAAGAGUGGCCACAGACUUAUACAACUGAGAUGUUUCAAGAAGUCAUGGUGAGGAAAGGUAAGUUGGCCUCACCAUAAUGAGUCUGAGCAAAUGAAGGCAUGUGGUUUGUUAAAUUAGAGGCUUUUCUGCUGUUAAGGGCAGCAGAAUUCUGGAGAAUUCUGCAAGACACUGUACAGAAGAGAGUAGGUGGAUGAAAAGCCAAAAGUUGGGUUAGUAAAAUCUGAGAUAAGGAUAAAACACUUUAUGAUAAUAUUAUAAUCUAAGUUUAUCCUGUGCUGUGUCCUAUAAAACAAAUUACUGGAAAAAACAAGUAAUGCUACUGCACCCACCUUUUUACAACUCUGUGUUGUCUACAACUCAGGUCUUCUAGCUGUUCUCCAAUUUCUCUCUUCAUGUGGUGCUGCUGGACUCUGCUGUUAUGAGUGUAGAGUUAAGAAGUAAUAUAAGUACUAUAUUUAUUAUUCCAAGAAGUUUUUAAUAAUUAUUAACAGUUUUGAAAAUAAGUCAUGUCUGCUUAGCUGAACAAGAUGUAAUAGAGCUAACAUUUUGUACUCCUAACAGAUUUUGCAAAUAAUGUGGUGUAUAUUUAUUUCACAUAGAACAUUGUGUUCCUAUUUAAAGCCCCAACUCGAAAAAUGGACCAACUAUCUGUGAAUAUUUAGUUUUUUGCUUUCUAUCUCAAUAAUAAAAGCAUGUAUGAUGUAUUAAUUUAAGCAAAUAAAUAUGUACUGGAGAAGCUGCUGUA